AUGGUUAUAAUUUUGGUUUCAGGGGCCUCUUGUAAUUGUUUUUCAGGCCGGCCUUCUUUCGACGGGAAGCCCGAAUUCUCAUUUGGGCCCAUCUCCCAAAAGGACCGCCUCUAUCGCAAGUCCUUUGCGGGUCUCGAAAGCAUCGAAGAUGAGGACCCCAUCGAAAUAGAAGACGACGUCUUUGCCAACCUUAACGAAAGGCUCUUAGCCAUAGGAACCUUGGGCUUGGAUCCCGUUGCACCGGAUGAGUCCCAACUAGAGGCCCAUUUUGACAUUCAAGACUUGCCUGAGAAAGAAUCAGAGCUCACGCCCACUCAUAUCAAGCUCAUCAAUGAAGAGUUGGAGAAGGUUCUCAACCACCAUGCCAAAGAAGAAGCCCAAGGCCAUGCCCCGGCCCCAGCCCCGCCCCAGGCCCAGGGCCAAGUUCUUAUCAAUCACCACCCAAACAACAAUGCCAAGGACAGUGGGGUGGAGAACCAAGGGCAAUAUGGAAAUGUUUGUCCCUUGCAAGGGUAUUUGUUUGGAUCCCCUGUGAACAUUGGGGCAGUGAGGGUGAAAGAGCAAAGAACUUCUUUGGGGGAGCUUUUCAUGAGAAGCAAGGCUGAAGAUGUGAUGAGAGAGAAAGAAGAGAGAGAAGAGAAGAAAGAAGGGAACAGCAACGAUAAUAAUAAUACCAAGGUUGGGGCACAUUUGGUAAGGAAGAUACUUGGUCGUAAAAGUGCCCACAGGAACACUUCCUCAAAUGCUAAUGCUGAUUCUUCAAUUGAUCCUGCAGCUAAUAAGCUCCACAAGCUGUUGCAUAUCUUUCAUAGGAAAAUCCAUCCAGAAAGCUCUGAUGCCGCAAAGAAUGAAACCAAGGCCCACCUCAAAGGUUAUAAGGGUGGCGGUGCAUAUGAUGGAGAUGUGGACGAAGGCAAAGAUUUGAUGGGUCGAGAGAGAGAAAGCGCCCGCACACGCCGCUACAAGGCUCACCGCGAAACACCAUUCUCCGGCAUCAAUUCGAAUGGGAACACCGGAUAUUGGAUUAAGACUGAUGCAAACUAUCUGGUUCUGGAGCUCUAAAACAGGAAAGGAGAAUCUGCAUAUCAUCGUUCUCUAGAGAGAGAAUAUAAAUUAUUGGUUUUUUUAGAGAGAGAAUGAAAAUUAGUUAUUAGUAAAUAAAAAUUAUUAGUUUUCUAGAGAGAGAAUGAAAAUUAAUUACUAAGAAGCGUGAGAUGAUGUGGCUUGUUUGUUCUUACUGUGCUAUAUACGUAUCUUACUGUGCUAUAUACGUAUCUUGUUGAUGUGAUCAAUGAAGAAAGCAGGGUUUGUUUUCAGUAUUAUAAUGAAGAUAAAGACAGAGUUGUCACUUCAAAUUUAGUCUCUUUCUCAUAUGAUGAACAAUAAA